AACCAAACCAAGGGAGAGAUAGAGAGGAAUCUCUCUGGUUGUUUGGGACUCAAGCUUUCCUUCUUCCUCUUCUUCUUCUUCUCCUCCUUUUUUCCUUUUCAAUGCAAUCUUCCUCCAUAUGAGGAAAACUAAAGCUACCACAAGGUUGCGUUUCUUCCUGUGAUUGAACUCCACAAAUCAGAGGAAGGAACACAGUUUUUGACUUUAGCUUCCUUUGAAUAUGGUUCAAAGGAAGGUACCCAGCAAGCUUGGCGUUCAAGCAGAUCACCAUGUUAAAUCUGAUAAGCGCUUGGCAAACUUGAGCCAAGAUGGCAAAACCAGAGGAGGGGCUGAUAUGAAGAAGAAAAUGAAGAAGUCCAGGUCAAUUAAGCUCUCUGACAUGGAUAUUCUCAAAUCAACACCUCCAAAGAAGAGCUUCUCUCAGCCAGGAAAGCCUCCUCCUUUUGUUCAAGUUCAUCCUACUGUAUCAUCGUCUUCCCCACAGAAGCAGACACCUUUGAUCAGAAAAAGUGAUGGGUCUCCCAAUUACAUGAAGCCCACAAGCAGUUCGGAUGCCAAGAAGGAGCUUUUUCCUGUGAGUCUUCGAAACUCUAAAUGUAACUCAAAGUCUAGCUCUGUUUCUGCUAAGAAACCUGCAAAAGCUUUGACAAAAUCAUCACCUAGUUUGAAACUUGUGAGGACCUUAACGAAGACUCCAAGUUUUAAGAAAUCCUCUAGAGUUUCUCUUUGUGCUGAUUUGAAUGCUCAGAGAGCUACCUGUUCUUCAACUUUGAAGGACUCAAAGUUUCCUCCUUACCUCAUGCUUAAUCCUGGGGCUACUGAGUCUGAAGGGACUUCAGUUAGGAAGGUUUGCCCAUACACCUAUUGUUCUCUGAAUGGUCAUCGUCAUGCUCCUUUGCCUCCAUUGAAGAUCUUCUUGUCUGCAAGGAGACGUAUUAUGAAGACCCAGAAGAGUAUGAAGCUGGAAGCCUUAAGUCCUCGGAAGUUGAAGGUACCCUGUGAGCCAAAGAAGGAAUCUGAAGCUGACAUGGAUUUCUUCAUCGAAAUCUAUGCUAAGAAAAAUGGGGAUGAAGAAGAAAUCGGACAAAUGGGCUCCACCAAGAGGUUUGGGGGUGAAGAGAACAUCAAGUCCACAACGGAUGAUGAUAUGAAGCAAGUUGUUGCAAGCUUGUCUGAUGGAUCUCCGAAGUCUGAGAUAGAUUCUGAGGAAGCUUAUGGAAAGUACUUCGAUGAUGCUAAAAUCAAAGCAGAUUCGAAGGGGAGCUUCAUUCAAAAACAAGUAGCCGAAUUUGCAGAUGAAAAGCAUUUACCUAUCUGGUCUGGUGAAGAAAUAAGCAUUGGAAGUUACAGUAGUGAGGGGGAAGUGGAUGGUUCUAAUUCUGUAGCUACUGAUAUGGAGUGGGAGCAUGAAGAGGAUGAUGCUGAUUCUUCAGUUCUCACAGAGGAGAAUGACUCAAAAGUUGAAUCAUCAUCUGAGAGUUCACAUGAUGUUUCUGUGAUGUGGUUAGAUGACAUCAUUAACAUCUACUAUGAAAACGUUGUAGCUGAAGUUUCCCAAGAAUCUAAAGCCAAAGAAAUUAUCUAUUUUGAAUCACAACAUUAUGGGAUCCAUUGUGGCAUGGAAAGGACAAAUGAAAGCUUGGAGACUCAAGAAGGAAAUAGCGGAGAAAAUGAAACAGUCAUGGAUGCCACAGUUCACUCUUCAAAUUUCUCAAAGACAUUUGGAGAACAGGAAGAAACAGGUGAGCAGAUUCUGGAAAACAAUGAUGUUUCAGAGGCAGAGAAUUUGACGAACAAUGAAGUUCUGGAACUGGAGAACGAUGGGGCAGAUUGCAUCACUACAGUACAUACCAAUACCUUAGAUGAACAGGAAAACACGCCUCUCCAACAAGAUGAUUUGAGUAUGUCACAGGCUGACCUAAUUUCAGAUGCUUCACAGGAAUGCUAUGAAUUAAAUCAGUUUGAGACUGAGGAAGAUGUUGCUGACAAUCAUUUUACCCCGGUGGAAGAACCACUUAUGGCUGAGACUAAUGAUAAAAUGGAAAAGGAAGAUAAUGAGGAUUUCAAGGAAGAAACAGUUGGAAAUUAUGUUUCUGAUGCCUCUCAGGAUGGUUGUGAAUCUUCAGAGGUUGAAAGUAGCCAAGGCCAGAAGGUGAGUGAAUCUUGUGAGGCUGAUAAGGUCAGUGAAAAAGAGAACUCAAGCCAAGAUAUUAGUGAAGAAGAUAACUUAGAGAGCUCAAGCAGCACAGGUGGCGAAGAGAAGGGCCCAAGCAAUAAUUGGAAAGGGGCUGAGAGGCGCAAGAGAGCGGUUCAAGAGGAGGAUGAAAUGAGGAAGUUCAACCCUCGGGAGCCAAAUUUCCUGCCUUUGGUUCCAGAUCCAGAAGCAGAAAAGGUUGAUCUGAAGCACCAGAUGAUGGAUGAGAGGAAAAAUGCAGAGGAAUGGAUGCUUGAUUAUGCUCUGAGACAAACUGUCACAAAACUUGCUCCUGCUAGGAAGAGGAAGGUGGCACUGCUAGUGGAAGCUUUUGAAUCAGUAACACCAAUACCCAAAUGUGAAACUCACAUGAGAAACAAAUCAUCCUUUGCACAUCCAAGACCUAUUCAAGCUUGUAGAUGAGUGUGCAGGUGAAGAUUGGAGGUGAGAAACUUGCACUAUCGUCUUUAUCAUUAAGCAGAGGCAGCAGAGUAGCAAGAUCAGCAGGAGAAAACCAGUUUUGCAAUGACACUAGAACAACUAACUUGUUGUGCAACUCCUGUGAAGGCAGAGGAAGAAGCUUCAGGCAAUAAGGGAAUUAGGGUUGUUCAUUGGAAACUGAAACCCCAGAAAGGCAUUUUGUAGUUCUUACUUCCUGCUAAGCUCUGUGGGUUUGUUUCACAUAAUUGUUCAGCGUACUCAAUGGUGUUUACAAUCUGUAGCUGUGUCUGCUGCACUGAUAUUGUGUUUGUUAAAACGGUUGUGGGUUAAUUUAGUCUACUUGUUUGUAUUAUGCAGAAGCAAAAUUAAUUAUUAUGUAUGACAUGGUAUUUCAUUUAUUCAUUUGCACUGAAACUUGAUAGUCA